UGACCAAACUUGGCGCAGUGAGAAUUAGAAUGGUCGAUGCCUGAUGCCCGAUGGCCUCCAGUCACAAGGAGACGCUUCGCAGGGCAAAACUGCUCCAGCGCGAUGUCCUCGUGGGGCUCACGGACGCCGAGCGCGCCAUCGUGGCGGAUGGGGAGAAGGGUCGACACGCCGAGGCCACGGAGCGCGAGGCGCAUGCAGCGCAGCUGAAGGAGAAAGCAGAGAACUGCAUGGAUACCGUGAAGGUGUAUGAGCGCUGCAACAUCCAGGUGGCGGAGUGCCUUCGCCAGCUUGGCCAGUGUCUGCGGCGGCUGCAGCACACCCGCUAUGCGCAGUUCGCUGAUCUCAAGGUGUGUCAGCAGCGCCUCUCCUUGCGGUCUAAAGCUCCCGAGCAGGAGCUGACGGGGGACAUGGCGCAGCACGCGCUGGAGGAGCAGGAGACGUGCAUCGGCGAGGCACGCGAGCAUCUUCUCAGUCUCGAGGGCGAGACUCGGCGGGCCCUGAAGAUGAUUGAUGAGCUUCGCAACGAGCUCUCCAAGGACGCUGCCAGCCAACGCCAUGUUGCAGAUCGGUGUCGUCAAACAGUGGCCGUGCUGAUGUGCCCGACUGCGGAAGCGCCAGAAGACAACUGGCAGCCUGAGCCCCGGGCGGACCUGCAGAAGCGCGCCGACUUCCUGCUGACGGCGGCACGGGAUCUCAUAGCCCGUAGCUCGAGCGCCUGCAGGGCCACGGAUGAGCGGUGCAAGGCAGCGCGCCAGAAGGCGGAGCUGCUGUUGGAGAGGAGGUUGCUGGACACCGAGAAGGCUGCCAAGCAGCUGCGGGAGCAGGCCUCUGAGGUGGACUACACCAUCGCUGUGGCUGAGAGGUCCCUGGCAAGGAGCGUGAAGCGCUGCAUGGGCAAGGAGAACCUCAUGAAGGCAGCUCAGCUGGAUCGCACGAGGCAGAAGCUGGAUCAUUUGUGCAAGACUCGAACGGCAAUCAAGCUGCACAUACAGGACAAGCUCAAGAUGCAAACCAUCGAUGCGUCCUGUCGCAAAGUCACCUCCCAGUCGGCGAGCCGCCCCGCCACCGCGGGGCGCUCCUUUUCGGAGUCGGCCUUGAGACAGCGCCCGACUGAGGAGGAUCCGAGGACUUUGCCCCGCUUGGACAGCGAGUCUGGCGCAAGGAAUCGGCCCAAAUCUGCUGCAACCUACAAGAGCGGCAACUGAGUUGACCACUCGGGAAUGCCUCCCAUUGCCACGGCAGUCAGGUGGUCAUCAAGAUGUUGGUUUGGAU